UUUUUUUUUUCUCCAUGGGUACACACACCGAGACGCGCACAUGACAGCACUUCGGUGCAAGAGCCGGUGCAUCGCCAGGAGGGCUGUGCUUCCACUCCGGGCACGCACGCAUACGCACACACACACGCUGCUGCUGCUGCUGCUGCUGCUGGAAGUCUUCCUACACGGGGAUUAGCAGCCGCCUGUCUCUCUCUCUGUCUCUUUCUUCUCCUUUCCUUUGCUUUCUCCUCCUUUCCCUCAAACUGCUUGACUGACGGACGGCGGGCAUAAAAAGCAGGGAAAAAGAGCAAUAAUCCCAACUGGCAAUCCAAAAAUAACCAGAUUGGAGGGUGGAAGGAAAAGAAGGAAAGAGGGAAGAGAAAAAUGGAGAGACAAGAUGGCUUGUGGAAGGAUAUGCUUCCUGGGUUUAGAGGAGUCUUUGUUCCAUCCAGAACCCCAGAGUUUGUUUGCACUUGCAAGGACAAAUCCCUUAGAACCAAAAACAGUCAAGCAUCAAAUAUUGAAACUGACAUCUGAAUUAAAGAGUGUGCAAAAAAUCUCUUCCCUCUUUAACUAUUGAAACAAACUAAAAUGGAAAACUGACUAAAAGAGGCCUUUCUCUGAGACCUGCCCGUUGCAUAGCCAUACGUAUUAGAUGACUUUGGGACUUGCUUUGCAUCAACGAUGAAGGGAUUAUCUAGCAGCCGUAGUCAUCAUCAUGGGGUUACCUGUGACCCUCCGUGUGACAGUCUGCCACAUCACCCGGACAGGAAGCCAUAUUUGUUAAACCCAGUGGACCCUCAUCCUGCAGACCACCCUUACUACACUCAAAGGAACUCUUUUCAGGCAGAGUGUAUGGUGCCGUACAAUGAUCAGAUUGCCAGCAGCACGUUUCCUCGGAGACAUUACAACUCGCACCAUGAACUUAAGGACGAGUGUGCUCUGGUUCCCCAUGGAACUGCCAACAAGACUAAUCGCAUUCCUGCCAACCUCUUGGACCAGUUUGAGCGGCAGCUGCCCCUGAAUCGGGAUGGCUACCAUACUCUGCAGUACAAGCGGACUGCCAUGGAGCACCGCAGCGACAGCCCAGGGAGGAUCCGACACCUGGUUCAUUCUGUCCAAAAGCUCUUUACCAAGUCCCAUUCACUGGAGGGACCAUCCAAGGGGAGUGUCAAUGGGAGUAAAGCAAGCCCAGAGGAGUCACAGACAAUGAGGUAUGGGAAGCGCAGCAAGAGUAAAGAAAGGCGAUCAGAAGGUAAGCCCAGAUCCAAUGCAUCAGGAUGGUGGAGUUCAGAUGACAACUUGGACAAUGAUGUUUGCAUUUAUCAUGGUCCCAGUGGGGUCAUGACCAUGGGAAGAUGUCCUGAUCGUUCUUCUUCCCAAUACUUUAUGGAAGCCUAUAACACUAUUAGUGAACAUACUGUGAAGUCAUCCAGAAGCAAUAAUGAUGUCAAGUGCUCUACCUGUGCAAACCUGCCUGUGAAUUUGGACUCCCAGUUAAUGAAGAAAAGCUCUUGGUCCUCUACAUUAACCGUGAGCAGAGCCCGUGAAGUUUACCAGAAAGCAUCAGUUAACAUGGACCAGACAGUGGUGAAGUCAGAGACGUGUCAACAGGAACGGUCAUGUCAGUACCUCCAGGUUCCUCAAGAUGAAUGGUCUGGAUACACUCCACGAGGGAAAGAUGAUGAGAUUCCCUGCCGACGAAUGCGUAGUGGCAGUUACAUCAAAGCCAUGGGGGAUGAUGACAGUGGAGAUUCAGACACAAGUCCGAAGCCAUCUCCAAAGAUUGCUGCACGGAGAGAGAGCUAUCUUAAGGCCACACAGCCAUCCCUUACAGAGCUCACCACCCUCAAGAUAUCCAGUGAACACUCGCCAAAGCUUCAGAUCCGGAGCCACAGUUACUUGAGGGCAGUGAGUGAAGUCUCGAUCAACAGGAGCUUGGACAGCUUGGACCCCGCGGGGCUGCUGACAUCCCCCAAGUUCCGUUCCCGCAACGAGAGCUACAUGAGAGCCAUGAGCACCAUCAGCCAGGUGAGCGAGAUGGAGGUGAACGGCCAGUUCGAGUCCGUCUGCGAGUCGGUGUUCAGUGAGCUCGAGUCUCAGGCAGUGGAGGCGCUGGAUCUGCCAAUGCCCGGCUGCUUCCGCAUGAGGAGCCACAGCUACGUGAGAGCCAUCGAGAAGGGCUGCUCCCAGGACGAUGAGUGCAUCUCGCUGCGGUCCUCAUCUCCCCCGCGUACAACCACUACGGUGAGGACCAUCCAGAGCAGUACUGUGUCAUCCUGCAUUACCACCUAUAAGAAGACACCGCCUCCAGUCCCACCAAGAACAACCACCAAACCAUUUAUUUCCAUCACGGCCCAGAGCAGCACGGAGUCUGCCCAGGAUGCAUACAUGGAUGGGCAUGGACAGAGGGGAGAUAUCAUCAGUCAGUCUGGACUUAGCAACUCCACAGAGAGCUUGGACAGUAUGAAGGCACUAACAGCUGCCAUUGAAGCUGCUAACGCGCAGAUCCAUGGCCCAGCAAGUCAACACGUAGGAAACAAUACUGCCACCGUCACCACCACCACAACCAUUGCCACUGUUGCAGUAGAAGACAGAAAGAAGGACCACUUCAAGAAAAACAGAUGCUUAUCUAUUGGAAUACAGGUUGAUGGUGCUGAAGAAUCUGCCAAAUCAGUUGAAAACAAAGCAACUAGUAAGUUCCAGUCCAUAGGAGUUCAAGUUGAAGAGGAGAAAUGCUUUCGCAGGUUUACACGAUCUAAUAGUGUAACAACAGCCGUGCAAGCAGACCUGGAUUUCCAUGAGAACUUUGAAAUAAUCGACCCUCAAGAGGACAAUAUGUGUUCUGGACAAAUGUCAAGACAAUUUUCCCGAGAUGCAAGCACCUCUACCGUUAGCAUACAAGGGUCAGGAAACCAUUACCAUGCAUGUGCAGUGGAUGAUGACUUUGACACAGAUUUUGAUCCAUCCAUUUUACCUCCUCCUGACCCCUGGAUUGACUCUAUCACUGAAGAUCCUCUGGAGGCUGUUCAAAGGUCAGUGUGCCCACGAGAUGGCCACUGGUUUCUGAAGCUACUUCAGGCAGAGAGAGAUCGUAUGGAGGGCUGGUGCCAACAGAUGGAGAGAGAAGAACGGGAAAACAACUUACCUGAGGACAUUCUAGGGAAAAUCCGAACUGCGGUGGGCAGUGCCCAGCUCCUUAUGGCCCAGAAAUUUUACCAGUUCAGAGAACUUUGUGAAGAAAACCUGAAUCCUAAUGCACAUCCACGGCCGACCUCCCAGGAUUUAGCAGGGUUUUGGGAUAUGCUGCAGUUGUCCAUAGAAAAUAUUAGUAUGAAAUUUGAUGAACUUCAUCAGUUAAAGGCCAAUAAUUGGAAACAGAUGGAUCCUCAUGACAAGAAGGAGAGAAGGGUCCCUCCUCCAGUGCCAAAGAAGCCAUCGAAAGGUCAGGUGCCGCUCAUCCGGGAACGCUCUCUGGAGAGCUCGCAGCGUCAGGAGGCCCGGAAGCGGCUGAUGGCUGCCAAGCGCGCGGCGUCCGUCCGGCAGAACUCAGCCACCGAGAGCGCCGAAAGCAUUGAGAUAUACAUCCCCGAAGCCCAGACCAGGCUAUGAAGGGAUCCGACCAGGAGGACUCUCUCUGGCAAGACAAGUCUCCUGUACAAUCUGCCCCUCUAGGCUCCUGCUCCAGGUCACCACCACCGAGUAUUUGUACCUCCUCCUCUCUCUGCUCUCUCCCCCUUCCCCUCCCUCCCCUCUCUCUGUACGCAGUCCCGGUGACCCCGAUGAAUCCCACCGCCGUGGCGUAGUUGUCGGUCCUCCAAGAGGUGUCCUCUAACCACCCUCGCUUCCUGAAGGUUUGCCCAUGUCAUCACGAUGCUUUGUCACACAUGUACUGAUGCUGCCACCUUGCCUCAUGUAAACGAGUGCGAUCCUCUUUCUGUUUGAAACCAAUAAACGCGGCGCUCAGACUCCCAUGCACACGCGCUCCUGUACAGUAGGCGCUCCAUUUAACCCACUCACAACCUUUAGUUGAUCUAAAGCUAGCCUGUUACCUAGUGUACAGCAAUAUCAAACCGCAGGGGAUUUUGGAAAUUUCAGUCACGCAGGGUGAUCCUUUUGGACUCUGCCGUCUUCCUCAUAAAAGAUGAAAGGAGCUAUGACUCGGAUUCCCCUCUUUUUAUUACUUUUUUUUUUUUUUUCUAAAGCAGAUGGCGCACUUUAUUCUAAACCUCUGAAUCACACCUUCUCACCUGAAUUUAAGGAGUCACAAAGGGGGGGGGAGAGGUUGGGGCGGGAGCGGGGAGGGGGAGGUAGAAACACAGAGCUGGGGGUGAAAAAUGGAAGCAUAUCCUGCAGGUGAGAUGGCGAGGGAUAGAAAAGAUCCUGUGGAAAGACGCCUGCACACUCACAGCUGCACAAACUGCCUCAUUUUUAUUUCAUCAAUCACUACUUAAACAUUUCAAUCAGCAGAAGAUUGUAAAUUCGAUCUUCCAGGGAAAUAAUCUAUUUUGAAAGGCAAUAAAAGAGUGAAAAGGAAGGAGAUAAGAAGCAAGAACAGUUGAAGAUAAUAUAAAAGAAGGAUUUUCUUGUCCAAGUAUUAAGAGUUUUUAAAAUUGUACUGUAUUGUCAAUUCCUCUUGUAUUGUAUUGUAUGGAUUAUAUUGGUUAAAAAAAAAAAAAAGGCAAAAAAAAAAAAGCUUGGUUUUGUUGAUGUCUUACUCUUGGUGGGACUAUCCGAUCUCACAUGUACACACAGCCACACACCAACACCUGUAAGCGAAUUGUUGUACACAGAGCCUGAGAUGCUUCUCCAGGCGAGGCUUUGCUUUAUCCACAGCUGGUUGUAUGCUACCGUGCAGACUGCUUAUCACCAAACGGUCCGUUAUCUAGGAGUAAGUUUCUAAAUCAGUCUCCUCCUAAUAGUAUAAAGUACCCAUCUGAACAAGAACAAUAAAGUAUUUUUCACAAGUUACGGGAUCAAUAUGAACUUAAUUUCUUUCCACGACAAGCUUUCCUACCCCCGCUUCUGCCAUUGUUUUGCAAUCACGAAAAAUAUGCAUCCCAAGUAGCUCAUUAAUACCGGGGGUAAAUCACAGACAAUAGGGCUGGGGAGGAGCGGGAGCAGUUGGCCCUGCUCUCUGGCCCCCCAGCCUCCCCCCAGCCGAGCUGGGGGCUUCUGCCCGCUCAGCCGCGGGAAGCUCUUGUGCCAACAUGAGGAAAGCUGUGCCCCAUGUGCCAACGACAACAAGGUGUGGGUGUGCGCACGCGUGCCUCCCUGGCACCUGCUGGGUACGGCAGAAUUGGGGACAGCAGGUUUGGCCAACACGGCUAUGCCCGGAGUCCCAGGGUGGUGCUCUCCGGACCGCUCUGUGGUCCCCAUCCAUCACCUGAGGCACCUGGGAGAGGAAGGCGGCCUUCUGCUCCUGCUGGGGACAGGCUUAGGGACAGCCAGCCCCAUGGUGGGGCAUGGUGUGCACUGAGGGCAGCAAACCAGCGCUGGCUUCCUAUGCCCUUAGCUGUUAAAAGCUGGCCCAGCCUCUGCGACUUCCCACUGCAGGGCUGGCGAAAUCCUGCAGCUCGCGUUUUCAGAGCAUUGGAAAUUGUCAUCGAAAAGUGAAGCUCGUGCUAAAAGUAUUCAUCGAGGUCAUGCCAGACAGCUUCUUUUCCUACGACAUCAUAGCCAGGUGCUAAUUUAAUUUUACUCAAGAAAAUAGGAGAGGUAAUAGGUUCUGGCACCAAGUAUUUUCACGAGAGCAUACUAAAACCACUAGAGAAUUUGCUACCUCUCAAAGCCAUUGAUAUCUGAGCUAUGUCUUUAUAAACAGGGCACAAAUACUUACUGCUGUGGUUUACAAGAUAAGGGCUAAUAAUUUAAUAUAUAAAAGACUUUUAACUAGAGUAAUCGGAAAUCCAGUGUAACCCUAGAGUGCUUUGUGUUAUAGGAGCUUUGAAAGGUUUGACCCUCUCAGCGUUCGAAUACCCGUGUGUUUGCUAGUUUUGAAACACUUCAUCUGACUUUUAGCAGCAACGAAACUUCACCGUGUUUGCAGUAUAUACUAGUGCCAACUGCCACUUUUGAGCAUAUAGUCAUAUUAAGUAUUAAUUAUUUGGAACUCAUUUGUACUGAGGUAUACAAAGCUGUAUCCAGGUGAGAGUCCACAUUCACAGCUGUGUUUCAGAUUAUUUAGUUUUGUGGAUGUUUUAUGAAAGAUGAGUUAAGAUUUUGGUUGACAAGUGGCUACAGAAAUUUAUAUCUAGCAAGUGCCCCCCUAAAAAAAGCAGAAAAGGGAAGACUAUCUAGUCUUGUAUAUUAAGAAUUAUUGUAUUUGUAUAUCACAGACUAUUUUUCUUAUAUAUUUUAAAUAUUCUUAGCUGAAUGCCUGUUAGAUCAUUUGGCUCUGGAGAGAGAAUUGCAAUGUUUGCUUAGUUUUUUAGCAAAAUUUUAAAAAUAAAGCCAAGACCGGUAAAUAUAAAAUAUAAUACUUCUGCCCCUAGAAUGCCACGAGUUAACCACUUGACUCAUUUACCAGUACUAAUACACAAAUAGUAUAUUUGCUGUAUCAUCUGUUUUUGUAACUAUUUGUUUUUAGUCUAACCUGCCCAGUGUAUAUUAAAAAUGCCUAUAUUCUGUUUCACUUUCGUACUAAAGUAUUUCUUUUUUUUUUCUUUUUUUUUUUUUUCCUCGGGGAAAUUUUAGAAAAGGUUGGUUUUGUCUCCUGCUUCAAAAGUUAAAAAGAAAAAAAAAAAGUAUUUAUUAUAUUUUUUGCAGAUGUUUCCAUGAAAUUCUCAUAAUCUUUUUGUAAAGAAAGAUGAAGAAAUGGAUUAAAGAUUUUUAAUAUUUGAAAAGGUAAAUAGAAAUAAUUUAUUUGUAAUAUAUUUCAGUUUAUUUAUUGGUGUUCCCUUAACGCUUUGAUGUGCACUAUCAUUUUAAUUUGAACUGUAUCUUUGUGAAUUUAUUGGGUUUUUUUGGUUGUUUCUUUUUUUGAUUUUUUUUUUUUUAAAGGAAAAAGGUCAAAUACAUAUUUUAAGUAACAGGAAUGUAAAUCACUGGCCUACCUGCAUUCCCAAAUGUGAUUUUAAAAAUGUUUUUGAUUUGAAACAAAAGACACAAAUUUGAAAGCCUUUAGACAGCGGAGAGUGUUUUUAUGGCUUAAUGAUUUGGGUUUUCAUAGGAUUAUCUAUCUAGUUUGUGUGUGGACAGGAAAAUGUAAAUAGAUGAAUGUUUCCCAUAAUGUAAAAAGAGCAAAUUAAUAAAAUAAUUAAUGCA